AUGCAGCACACUAUUGCGGCGCUUCUUGUUGCUGCCUUUGUUUACUACGCUCCAAAGAAGCUGUAUUACUACUACUUUCACCCUCUAUCAUCAUUUGAUGGCCCUUUGGCAGCGACAUCAUUUCAGCAAUGGCUCUCAGAAAUAUCCAAAGGUUUCCCUGAGAAGGAAUUGGAAAGACUCCAUGAAAAAUACCGAACUAAGGCUUUGCGCGUUGCACCGAACGAAUUGCAUAUCACCGAUGUCCAUCAAUGCUUGACGACUGAUAUCAUCGUCGACUUUGCAUUCGCUAAAUCGGAAAAUAUCAUCGAAGAGAAAGAAGACACGUUUAAAUCUCAUAUUGUGCAAGCUCUCGAUGCUUACGUCGAAGGUUUCUGGGAUGCCGGCCUUAUGCCAAUAGUUCGUAGCAUCUUAGAGUGGGCUCCGGCUGGAUUGGCUAAGAUGGCCGACCGUCCAUCUUCCUCGUUUACCAAGGUCAUCACGCUUGCUGAAACCUGCGUUGAUCAUUAUGCGGUCGAGGGCAAUACUACGAAACAUCCAGUGAUCUUCGAUAGGUUAGAAUCACUGCUUAAGGAGGAGAAAGUUGGUGAAGCGGUGGAAGCCCUUGUUGCUGGAACAGACACAACUGCAUCGGCUCUGACUAGCGGUCUUAUCCACAUGAUAUCUGAACCAAAUAUCCAGGAGAGACUUGCAAAGCUAUUGAAAAAGGUCCAGCCUGACGAACAAGGAUGUUUAUCACUACUGGAACUGGAAAAAAUUGACUACCUGAUGGCCUGUGUCAAAGAGUCUUUGAGGAUUGGAAUGCCCGUUCCAGGACGGUUACCGCGUGUUGUUCCAGAGUCUUCACCAUUAAUUGUGGAAGGAAAGCUAGUUACCCCCGGAACCAUCGUUACUAUAUCUGCAUAUACGAUGCAUUUCAGCGAGGAGUUAUGGGGUCCCGAUGUAAGAACCUUUAAUCCCGACCGUUGGUUCAAUCCCGAAUCGGGCAGCUUGGAUCAAUAUCUUUGUGCAUUUUGCAAGGGUGCAAGGAUGUGCACUGGCCAGAAGUGA